ACAUUCGCGCGAGAGAGCGAGUAUAGAGUCGAGGAGCCGCCGCCGACGAGAACAAGGACGCCAUGGCGCUGUCCGCUCCUCCGGAUUUCGCUGCUUCGGGCCCUUUAAUUCUCGCCGCGGGGCUGAUGCUUCGGAGAUCGAACUUCUUCUAGUGUGCCGCGGCUAGUCGCAGGUAGACACUGAGCUCCGUUGUUUAUAUACCCGAGGAGCGAGUGCGCGGACUGUGCGACGAAGUCGAGAGUGUUUGCGCGCUGAGCUCCUGCAGCUGUAAUUUUUGCUGGUGAUCGGCUCGACUAGAUUCACUCAUAUGCGAGGGAUGGCCUUUGAGAAGAAUGUCAAAGAGUGAUUCGGUAGAACACUGUCAAUGCACCAUGGACAAUUUUAACAAGCUCAAGCAACAUGUCCAAUAGCUUUGAUAAUUGCUUGACAAACCCUGGAGAUGUUACCAUAGAGCCAGUCUCGAAGGGAGACACUGUCCAACCUUCCGAGGAAGCUCAGCCGGAUGGUAAGGAAGUAGGGUCUCAAGAAAUAAUGGAUGGUCGCCAGACCAGCAAUGAAGACUGUUCUGAGGAUUCUAAUGGGGAUAGGUCUGAGAAUGGAAGGAGAAAGAAGGCUGUGGAACCUAUGAGAACUGACGAGAUUGAGGAAAUCAGAACUGAAGGCUCGGCAGACGACAUGGAUUUGGACGACACUAUUGACUCGCACAUAGGAGUUAGGAUGGAGUCUGAGAGGCAGCACAUACGCUCUCUUCCAUCGGAUGAUAAUGAAGAAGAAGAGGAGGAGGAUGAAGACAUAGGGAUAGAUUCAGUUAAUAUACUAGACACAUUACCUUUAGAAGGUGCACCCAUAGAAGGCCAGGAAGUCUCAGAGUCAGAUCUCCUUGGCAAGAUCGACGAUGACGAGGACGACGAGAAAUCCUUGUCCCGCUCGGGCGAGGAGGACAGCAUGGACGGCAACGGUAAACGGCGAAUAGAGCACGACAGCGAUCUGGACCCAGCCAAGAAGAAGCAGAAAAAAGAUGACGGUACCGAGGCCCCCAACGAUAUGGAGUCCAAGAGCGACAAGAAGAUGUCGAAUAUGAGGCGGAACAUCCGAGAGGUGAUGGACGAGACGCAACUGGACGAGGCGACGAUUUCAGCUCAGCGCCAGGAGAUGGAACGGUUAAGGCGCGUUCAGGAGCAACAGAGGAUCAUUAGAGAGGUACAGCGGCGACAGACUAACAGAGGCACUAGCCUCCUGCGAAGCAAUCAAAAUUUAGAAGAUUCAGAAGAGGCUCGCUUGCCCAACACCGUGAUGCUGAAGGUAAACUCCAGCGCAGCAGCAGGUGGUCAGGCAUCGGUCGGUCAGCAAGCUGGAGUCGUCCCACGCCGUCCUAUGGCCGAGAGCUCGCGUUAUCAACGAGGAGGUCGCGGUGGAUAUCAAGGCGCUCAGACUUCCAUCUCUCGUGUUCCACCCAAAAACAAUGCAGCACCGACUGUGCAGCAGCGGAUACGUAUGAUGACGCCGUCGGUGAGCAUUUCGCCGGUGGUGCCGAAGAAGGAGCCGAUCGAGCACCUCGAGUACUACACAGACUCGGAUCUGUCGGACGUUGAUCCCGACGCCGAAGAUUCUAUUAUUCACGAGAAACAAAUACAGCAAGCGAGAAAACUGUCGGGCAGCUUGAGUGGACAGAAGCAGGCAAAGGGCAAGGAUGUUGUUACGAUAUCAAGUUCCAGUGAGAGUUCGGAUGAUGACUGUAUCGUCCUGAGCGAUCCUAGUGAAGUUGAGGAGACUGACAACGAAGAUGACCCUAGCAACUCGGGUAUGCACACGAACGAUCGGUACAACAUUCCGGAUGAACAGGGCAGAGUAUUAGUAAACGUAGGCCAUCCCGAUGACGAGCCUGAUGUUUUCCUGGCGCCGCAGGUCGCCCGUAUCAUCAAACCUCACCAGAUCGGUGGCAUUCGCUUCCUUUACGACAACAUCGUUGAAAGCAUUGAGAGGUUCAAAACGAGUUCUGGCUUCGGUUGUAUUCUCGCUCACAGUAUGGGUUUGGGCAAGACACUUCAGGUCGCCAGUUUUUGCGAUAUAUUCUUUCGUUGCACGACCUCAAAAACCGUACUUUGCAUUAUGCCGAUCAACACGCUGCAGAACUGGCUAGCCGAGUUUAACAUGUGGCUGCCUUACGAAGAUCCUAACAAGCCUAAGAUCGAGGAAAAGCCUGCUAUAAAAGAAGAGAGUAAUCAGAGCGAUGUGUCGUACAUGUCGAAACCCGGGUCUGAGCAUGAUUCAGCCAGUCAGCAUCAUCCUCCAGGGAUCAUGCCUGAGAACAAUCCGUAUGCACAUCAUGGCUACAAUCCGAAUUUAGUUCCUCCUUAUGGACCUCCUGGUUCUAUGUACGACCCGAGAUACGGCCCCACGUAUGCAGGAGCUGGAGGUUAUCCUAUCAAGACCGAACCAACUUGCCACCCGCAGCAAAUGAAUCAAGGGAUGAAUCCUUACGGCGUGGACAAUCGGGGAAUGCCACAGUACUCAGGAUAUCCACCGAAUAUGCAGCAUCCGUCCGGUAUACAACAUCCUCCUGGUAUGCAGCAUCCGUCCGGCGUACAGCAUCCUCCUGGUAUGCAGCAUCCAGGAUAUCUUGGCAUGGAUCCUAACAUGCAUUCCAGUAUGAAUCCUCACGGUGCCUCGCAGAUGUAUCCAGGAUACGGUGUGAAUCCUAAUAUGCCCUAUCCAAAUUAUGGGGGACAACAGCAGCCACUGAGACCUGUCGGGCAAGAAAUUAAAAAAGAGAACAAUUUACCACCUGAGCAAGGAGCAAACGGCUGCAACCAAUUGAACGUAAAGACAGAGAUCAAAGAGGAGCUAAAGAAGGAUUCAGAGGAACCGAAGAAAGAAAACACAAACGAGAAAAAAGAGGAGACCGUUAAGACACCCUUUAGCGUCGAUGCUUCUCCUGAUGUAGAAAUACGCCCGAGACAUUUCAGUCUUCAUAUUCUAAACGAUUCUCAUAAAACUAUGGCGGCUAGAGCACGCGUCAUCCGCGAAUGGCAAAAAGUAGGCGGAGUACUUCUCAUUGGAUAUGAGCUUUACAGGCAGCUUUCUCUGAAGAAACCGAAUAAGGCCAAGCGAAAACGUGGUCAGCCUCAGCCGUUUAAAGAUCCAUUGGUUGACGUUGAAGAAGAAGACAAGAAUAAACCUCUUUUGGAUGAGAUGCAUUCUGCACUAGUAAAUCCUGGACCAGAUCUGGUAAUCUGUGACGAGGGUCAUCGCAUAAAAAAUUCUCAUGCAAGUAUUAGUUUGGCUUUGAAGCAGAUGCGCACUAAGCGACGUAUCGUAUUGACUGGAUACCCGCUGCAGAAUAAUCUGCUGGAGUAUUGGUGCAUGGUGGACUUUGUUCGUCCAAAUUAUUUAGGUACAAAAAGUGAGUUCUGUAACAUGUUUGAACGUCCAAUCCAGAAUGGUCAGUGUAUAGAUUCGACCCCUCAGGACAUAAGACUGAUGCGAUACCGGGCUCACGUGCUUCACGCGCUACUCGAGGGUUUCGUACAGCGACGAUCUCACUCUGUGCUUCAGGUGUCUUUGCCCCGAAAAGAGGAGUAUAUUUUACUUGUCCGCAUGACGCCGCAUCAGCGGAAACUCUAUGACACCUUCAUGAACCAGGUAGUGAAGACUCGUGCAGUUCCCAACCCGCUAAAGGCUUUUGCUGUCUGCUGUAAAAUCUGGAAUCAUCCGGAUAUACUCUAUCAUUUCUUAAAGAAAAAACAGGCUAAUGAAGAAGAUGAUCUGGAUUUGGAGGAAACCAUAGGCGAUAAGGCGCCCGGAGCUACUGGAGCGAAACGUGCUACUAAACCGAGAGCAUCAAAGGGGGAGUCUAAGAAAGGUAAAAAAGUUAAUGCAAAGAACAAACCAGCGGCUAGUGUGCAACCGAAUUCGACAAGCAUGUCCAAUGAGAAUCCAGAAGCAGAUCCACAAAAGCCACAACAACAGCAGCAACAAGGAUUUUCGAACUUCAAUCCUCCAGCGCUGCCAGCCCCAGUGGCUAAUGCUCCUGGAUUUCCUCAUACAAAUGCACAAAAUAAUUAUCAGCAGCAGCAGCAGCAACAACAACCACAGCAACAGCAAACGCAGCAGCAUACUGGAUAUCAAAACUAUCGCCCAGACGAUUGCACGCCUAACUAUCACGGUGGCGAAUACAAUGACUAUUAUGCCAACCAAAAUCAUAAGUAUCCGCAAACUGGAAACCAGAAUUAUCCAUCUUACUCACAGAAUUCUAACUAUUCUGAUAACAAUCAAGCGCAGCCACAUCAACAGCAACCGCAGCACCAACAGCCACCACAGCACCAACAGCCACCACAGCACCAACAGCCACCUCAGCAUCAACAGCCACCACAGCAUCAACAGCAGCCGCCACAGCAUCAACAGCAGCCGCCACAGCAUCAACAGCAGCCGCCACAGCAUCAACAGCAGCCGCCACAGCAUCAACAGCAGCCGCCACAGCAUCAACAGCAGCCGCCACAGCAUCAACAGCAGCCGCCACAGCUUCAACAGCAGCCGCCACAGCAUCAACAGCAGCCGUCACAGCAUCAACAGCAGCCGCCACAGCAUCAACAGCAGCCGCCACAGCAUCAACAGCAGCCGCCACAGCAUCAACAGCAGCCGCCACAGCUUCAACAGCAGCCGCCACAGCAUCAACAGCAGCCGCAACAUCAACAGUACCAAGCCCAGCAAAAUUAUAACAUGACGGCAAACGAUUCCACAGCAGGUGCUGGGAGCCUUGGGCAAAGAUUUUCAGGACCUUCGCCUACAGGGAUAAGUCCAACUUCUAAUGCACCUAACUUCCGACCGGACCAGAGCCAAGCAAUAGCCGGUGCUACUGGUAGUUUUCCACGUCAAAAUUAUCCGUACCAGGAACGUGACAGAAACUACCCUGGAAACAUGAAUCAGGGACAAAAUUACCAGCCGAUGUCGAACCAGCAGCAGCAAUCACAACAGCAGUCCAACUUUCAGACUCAGAAUCAAGUAAAUCAAGCUUCUAAUCAAACUGGAAUGACUGACUACAGCUCGUAUCCCCAGCAGAACCAAACUCAAGGUUACAACACAACUGCUCAACCGAUGCAAAAUAAUGCGAUGAAUUAUCCAGCUACUGGACAACAAGCUCCUUCAAAUGAGACUAUGCCAAGUGCUACGCAAGGAUAUAUGAACAAUCAUCAGCAAAAUGCCAACGGUUUUCCGCAGAGUCAACAAUUGCAGAACUCUUCAAUGCCCAGUUCAACGCAUCAACCAUAUCCAAGUCAAGCUGCUCAACAGCCCAAUUCACAGAGCGCUCCAACAAUGCCAAAUCAACAGCAUGGAUAUCCAGUUAAUCAAGCUGGCACGUCAAAUCCGAUGGAAGUCUCACCAGGUAUGGGAUACAACCAGAAUCAGCAACAGCAGCAGCCACCGUCUACUCAGCAGCAGCUGUCACCUGUUCAGCAACAGCAGCAGCAACAACAGUCGCAGCAUGGCUAUCAGGCUAAUAUUCCUCAAAAUCAGAUAAAGGGAUACCAGAAUGUGCCAGAGAGCCAAACUUCAGGUUAUGGAAUCACCAAUCAGCAGAGCCAGCAACAUGGAUACCCUAAUGAGCCGCAGCCGCAUCAACAGCCGCAGCAGCAGUAUCAUAAUCAACAACUGCAGAACCCUAGCUAUCCCUCAGGCAAUCAAGCACAGCAGCAACCGCAACACCAGCAGCAGCUUCAGCCGCCACAACAGCAUCAGCAACAUGGGUACAAUCAACACACUUCUGGAUUCACACUAACCCAACAGCAACAGCAAGUUCCAUCGGCCCCCAUGACAUACCCGCCUAGUCUGUCUGCUCCGACAACGCCGACUAAUCAAGUGCCGAUGAGUUACCCGCCUAAUGCUCAGCAGAGUCAACCAGCUUCUCAUGCACAAAAUCAGUCUAUGACUUAUCCUCCAAAUCCGCAGUCUCGGAACAAGGUUGUGGAUCCAAACGAGCAGCAGCAACAGCAACAGCACGGAUAUUCUCAAAACACGCAGAAUCUUGGUGGCAGUUAUUCGGUGACGCCUACCAAACCUCAGUCCUAUCCGUCCACGACUGCUCAAACGCCCACGACUGGCCAGAUUCCAAACAGUCAACAACAACCUGCUCAGGGCCAGGAACAGUAUUGGCAGAGAAACUAUGAGAAUGAUUCGUAUUAUAAUGAUCCGAACGCCAAUCAGUAUCAAAAUAAUCAGUAUAGCCAAAGCAACAUUGCUGCAUCUGGAAAUUAUCAAGUGAAUCAGCAAAAUCAGCAGGGUCAACAGACCCAACAGAAUCCACAAAAUCAGUAUCAAAACUAUCCGGCGAAUAAUAUGCCCGAUCAAAAACCGCCACAGCAAAUGGUGCCUGGUCAGCAUAUCCAGAAUCCUGUUCAGGCUAAUAAUCCUAAUGCACCUCAUGGUGCCCAAAAUCAAGCCCUUCCACAAACAAAUAACGUACCGCCAGCGCCGUACAACAACUCAGUGAAUCCGACGCCAGCUGUUCCCAAUACUAUGCAUAAUAAUCAAGGCGCUGGAGAAAGUGUAUUACCAACCAAGGAAGAAGAAAAGGAGAAAGACGAAACUGCGGAAAAAGAUAAUUCAAUAGAGAAAGAUAAGGAAAAGGAUGACAAAUCUGACGAUGAAAUAAUUUUAAAAGACGAAACGGACAAAGAGAAAAACUCGCCUGGAAUUAUCGCAGCAAUGGGCAACAUUAAAGAUGAUCCUGGUAUUCCGUACGAUUGGGCUUACGAACUCAUGAAAGGCUACGUGCCAGGUAUGAUUGACGCUUCUGCAAAGAUGAGCAUCUUCUUCUGUAUACUCGAAGAAGCUAUUCGACUAAGCGAUCGCGUUCUCGCUUUUUCCCAAUCCCUUUUCACGCUGAAUCUUAUAGAGGACUUUUUAGCGAGAAACCCUUUUAAGUAUGCCGACGGGCAGACUGAAUCAUGGGCAAAAAAUGUAAAUUACUACAGACUGGAUGGAAGUACUAGUGCGCUCGAGCGCGAGAAGCUCAUCAACGAGUUCAACGUAAAUCCAAAGGUGCACCUGUUCCUCGUAUCUACCCGCGCUGGUUCACUGGGUAUCAAUUUAGUGGGAGCAAACCGAGCCAUUGUAUUCGAUGCCUCUUGGAACCCUUGCCAUGAUACCCAGGCGGUUUGCCGAGUUUAUCGGUACGGUCAGCAGAAAAAUUGCUACGUGUACCGUUUGGUCACUGAUAACUGUUUGGAAAGAAAGAUCUAUGACAGGCAGAUCAGUAAGCAGGGUAUGGCCGAUCGAGUAGUGGAUCAGUGUAACCCUGACGCACAUUUAUCUCUUAAGGAAGCAACGACGCUUUCAUGGGACUGGGAAGAAGACAGUCAGGUGCAGGACUUCUCCGAUGCAAAGGAUAAGUACCCAGAUGAAGUCAUGCACAUACUGCUGGAUAAGCACUCGUCGCUACUUACGAAGCAACCGUUUCACCAUGAGAGUUUACUUGUCGAUCGUAAAGAUAAGAAGCUCAGCCAGGCAGAGAAGAGACUAGCUAGAAGAGGUUACGAGCUCGAGAAAAUGGCUGCUAAUUGCUCGAGACCGAGUUAUAACUACGUGCCAGGAAAUACUGCGGCUAGAGUUUCUGUACAAUCAGGAAGCCUCCAGAUUAGACAAAUUCGUGGAGAUGGAAGCGGACCAGCAUCCAAACCUGUCGCUUCGGUGAGGCCCAUGCAGCAACGUGGUGCUGAUGGCCUAAACGCUCGCAAUCCAAGUGGCAGCAGGUGGAUCCCUGCUGAAGUAUGGCAGAGACAGGGCAUGAGCGCGCAGGAAAUGACUCUGCCGUUAGAUGUGGUGAUUCCUACAAAUUCACCUGAUAAAGGCAGUAUCGUUUUGAAGGCCGGCCAAAAAGUCAUGGUGCUAAAGAGUCCCAAAGGUAUUUACAUGCAGCUGGAGUCUGGUAAGAUUAUUGCUAUCAGGACUGCUCUGAAGAUCAACCAACAGAAGAAAGACGAGGAACCGCAAAAGAAGAGUGUAGCCCCAUUACCGCAGAGAAAUACUAACAACAAAGAGAUCGGCUUUCCAUUACGCAACAACGCUGCAAUCUCUAUAAUACCCAAAUCAUCAACAUCCAACACUCAGACCCAGCAAAAUCGUUCGUUAGUCAAAACCGGCGUUAACUACCGGCCAUUUGGAGAGAAGGAAGUUGCGAAACGAACCAAGCCAGUGGCAACCGCAGCUGCAAAACCCUACUCAAGUCAAAUCAAUGCGAAUCAAGUAUCGCUCUCUAGGAUAAAUAAACAAAAACAAGACAACUCGAACGAUUUUGCCUCAAUGGGUGAAAACUCGAACUCAUCAGACGGCCAAAGGGUGCGCUCUGAGCAGAGAGUUGAGGAGGUGCGCAUCGAGGAUGUGGUAAACGAAUCCGGUUCCAACUCUGAGUACAGCCCAUCCAGUCGCCGAUCAAACUCAGAUACGGAUACAAAUAUGCCAAGGCCGAUGAUGGAGAAUAAAAUGACUCCGAAUUUUCCUAUUCAUUCGUCUUCAGCCAGGUCUCAGGGUAUAAGGACACCCCAGGAUCGCGAUAUGUACAUGAUCGAUCCGAAAGUAAACGCACAGAAGAAAUUCGAAAUGAACAGACCCGGUUUUCCAAAGAACAAAAAGGCGGAUGGUAGUGAUGAAAUCAUUAUCGAGGAUCCGUCACAGCACCAGCAUCCGCAACAUCAGCAUUCGCAACAUCAACAUUUGCACCAACAUCAUCCUCAUCCUGUUCAACAGCAACAUCAUCCGCACCAACAUCAGCCGGUCCAUCAGCCGAUUCCGCAACAUCCACAACCGACUCGAGCGCAACCUCGUCCAAUAUCGCAACAUAGCGGUGGCGUUCCGCGAGUAACAUCUGACAUUAUCUUGAGCGGUGGUAAAAAUCACAAUAAUCCUGGCAGCAAUCUUAAUCUCACGUCGCCACCCGUGACGCCGUCGCCAACAAUCUCCGCACCAUCCAGAUCGAAGCCUACAUCCGUUGAAGCCACUGGACAUCGCGAGCCGCCAAUCUCCAGUGAUCCAACACACGGAUUGACUCAGGGUUAUCAAUACGCGCAGUUUCCAAUAUAUUACGACUACGCAGAUCCGAGAUCAAGGCCUCUCACUGAUCCGUACGGCUCAUAUUUUUCACCUGCACCACCUCCUCAUACAGCGACAAAUUUGCCUCGAGCAACCCCAGAGACAAGUCCAGCACCUCAACCGCCGCCAGCUCCAGUCCAACAUUCGAAACCAGCGCACGCAGAAGAGACGCCAAAGCCGAGCAACGAAUCUCCCUCGACGGCCUAUUCGAGAGUCAAUGCAAUGCCAUCGAAGAACAGCCACGCUUCUGAGGUACCCGAGACGCCCGCCGCCAAAUCCAUCGAACCAUCGCAUGCGUCUCAUCCGAGCAGUGCCAAUGCCAGCAGUACACCGACGCCUGUCCGGGACGAUCCUCACGUGCCCACGGCUUUCAGUCAUCCGUCGAGCGUCAGGCCGGCGUAUCCACCGGGACCGUAUCCGCCGACACCUUACGACCCGUACUCGCAGCAUUAUCCACCUGCGCCUGCUAGCUCUGCAGCUUAUUCUGCAGGAGCAGCACCCGGUUAUCCAGCCUACGGGGGCCCUUCGUAUAACGCAGAUUACGCGCGCAUGUAUUCGGCCUUCCAUGGACCACCGCCACCAGCUGCCGACCCGUACCUGCAGAGGAGCUACGCGCCACCGCCAGCCUCUCAUCCCUCAAAUUACUAUCCACCAUUCCCUCACCCACCUCCGCCACCCUAUCCCAACUACUCCUUCUUACCACCUUACCCGAACCCUAAUGUGCCUGCAGAACCGCAGCCGCCUACGCAAUAGAUGAGGACGAACGCAGACCACUCGGCGUUCUCGGAUGUGUCGCUCUUGCUGCUGCGCUGAAAGUGCACGAAGGCUAUGUUGCUGUUUUUCUCAGCGUCACCACGACAGUUUUUCGAAACCAUGCAAUUCUCUUAGGACUGCUCCUUCUCUUGCGUGAAAUGCACUACUCGCUAGUUGCUUGACUGCAUUCACCCGUGAUCGUUUAUAAUCUAUAUCGAAUCUGAGUACUUCAUUGCCAAUAGUGCUGCACAAAUAUCGUGUUUUAAGCCACUGUUUUUAAGGAAAGUUUGCUAUAGUUCACAGUGACAAUUGCGCGAAAAGUGAACUCACGCUAGAGGAUCAAGGGGCUAAUUUUGAAAGAAGAGACUAGCAUUUAGCGGCUUCGCAGGUUCGACGCAAGGAAAUGAGUAAAACACACGUCAGUUUCUUUUUAUAUGUAACCAGAUAGCUAAUGCGAUAAACAGUUGUAAAUUGUAAUGAAGAGGUGUCGUGAAAGUGAUAGUGACUGUGUGCGAGAGAAAGAGAGAGAGAGAGAGAGAGAGAGAGAGAGAGAGAGAGAGAGCCAGUAUAAAGUAGCAUUAAGAGACGUACGAAAAUUUUGAUGGUUAUUAAGUGUCUCCGAGUAGAAUGUAGGCUCGAUCGUUCCUCAGUUAUCGUUACAUAUUUUGCGAGAAUAAAGUGCAAUCAGUUAUUAUCAUCCGAAUAUUAAUGAGAAAAAGAAUUAAGAAUUUGUUAUUACGUGUGUGUGACGGGGGAUAAAAUACGUCAUGCCAGAGUUUACAGGUCGAGUCACUCGUCGACAGUGUUAUCUUCGUUGUGAGCACGCGUGUGAGCUUUUUCGCACUUAAGUUCUAUCUUUAUUGCUCUCCUUGUCUUCGCUUCAGGAUUGACGCAUAUUUGCUAUUUUCACCGAUGACGGUAACAGUAGACUGAAAUCGGAAUCAAGCGAUUUUCCAAUUUGUGUUACAAGAUAUUGUAUUUGAAUUGUAAAGUCAAAUUAUAUUUUGUUAAAAGCUUGGAGAUGUACCUCUAAACCACACUACUUUUCUCCGGAGAAAUAACUCAUACACAUAGUAUAUUAAAGAUUAAGAUAUGUAUACUCAAAGUAUAUAUAAUGACUUACUGCGAAUCAUCGUCACUGUAAAUUUGACUCAUUGUAUUGUCAUCGUUGACUUUUCUACACGCAUCUUAUACGUUUCUGCUCAUAACGGUAAACGUGAUUACACUUAUAUAGAUUAAAAGCCAACAGUAUUCAUUCGCAGAAACCUUCUUAGCCAUUUAUUAGCAAAGCGUUUCAUAUAGACAAAACAUGCAUGCAGAAAAAAUCAUAAACAUAGCUAAAUAAAAUGACUUGCUUCUUUCUCGAUUUCAAGAAUAAAAUUUGAAAUCGACUAAUGUCACGCGAUAACUAAGAGAGUUUAAAAAUCAAGAAAAAUUAACAACCGACUAAAGCAAAAACAAAAUCUCGACGGUGUAUAUGCAAAAAUAAGCCGGAAACGGCCUAUAGCGUAACUUCGCGAUUCUGAAUACUGUGAUAUUUUUUGUCUCAGUCUCGCGCCCGUAACUCUUUUCGUUGGACCGUUCCUUUCAUAAUUAUUUUUCUCUUCUUUUCCGUAAAAAAAAGAAAAAAUAAUCUGCGAAAUAAAUAGGGCAGCAAAGAUUUUGAGGGUGUACGUGAUUCAUUUUUUGUAUGUAUGUGUGCGCGGAUAACGAAAUUGUGGAAGAUAGUGUGAUAAAAGGAUGAAUAAGAGAUGACUUCAAAGUUUAUUGAGUUUCAAGUGUUGGUCUCUGUUAUCCUUAAAAGGAAAUGUUAUAAUAAACAUUUUUUUAAAAAUAAUACUAUAUAUAUUUUGACAAAUUUUUAUAACUUCAUUUUUUUCUUGAGAAUUGUUUGCUAUGUAAUGAAUAUUGAUGCAUGAGAUCGUGCUUCAAUAUUAAAAAUAGGCAAAGUAAUUGUACACUAAGUGUCAGGUAGUGAUUCUCUUUGUCAUUUUUCACAAUCAUUACUCACAAUAUAAAUACGGAAUAUCUUAUAAGAGAAUAUCGAACAAUUUUUUUUUUAAUAGGCGAUAGUAGAAUUUUCACUACCGUUUAUUAAAUCUCUUUCUCGUAGAGAAGGAAUCAUAAAUAUUAAUUUGCGAAUUUUUUGCUUCUCAGCUGAACGUUUUAUCGAUGUUUAUGAAUCAAUGAAUGUAUGCGAAAAAGCGAUGACAGACUUUUUAAACUUACUUUAAUGCAUUUAUUGCAUAGAAUUCGUAGUAAAAUAAAAAAAGAGUAAAUUAUAGAAAAAUAAAACAAACACGAGAUUUAAUGUGGUGACUCGGCCCGUCCUGGCUCAUUUGUUUUAAAAUACAUUACAUAUGGAUAACGUAAAACUUGUAGCGUAGCGAAUAUUUGGCGCCUAGUAUAUAUAUAUAUAUGUAUAUACACAUGUGGCACGUUAUGGUAUACUGCAAAAAGAUGGUUUCUAACGGCUAUUUCAUUAAGGUUGUUCACGAGAAUUAAUUUUAAUGCAAGUACACGAUAGAUAAUUUAUGCGUCUUAAAAUGAAGAUUUGUUUUAUUUCUUUUAUUUUAAAAUAAUCAGCUCAUGAAAUGUAAUAUAUAUUUUGUUUUUCUUGCAUGAUACUUGUGAUAAAAACAGUAAUAGCCAGUCGAAGCCAGCUCAUUGCUAGUGCUCCGCGCGUUCACGCCUACAUUAAGUAGCUUUUAAUGAAGAGGAGCGUCAAUCUCUUUCUGAUAAUUCAACUAGACAAAAAGUAAAAAAAUUCCAGCCGCCGACAACGGCGUGCAACACGAGGACGUGCGGACCAAAAAUCGCGAAAGCGCCUGUACAGAGCGAAGCGCGCAUCGCUACGUCCUCGUGUAUAUUAGAAUUCAACAAGCAAAAUUAAAUAAAAAGAAUCGUUCAAUAGUAUUAAGCGUGACGUCGAUGGCGUAUGGUUUAAUAUGGGCGACAGAUCGCGACGUACGAGGAAAAGGAAUUUAUGGAGUAUAGAGCGAAAUAUAAAGGAUGCAGAUCUUCGCCCGUUAUCGAUUAUUUGCCAUUUGCGUAUUUUGUAAAUAGCCAUUAAUUACAUUUCAUACUUAUUUAUUAUUAAAAUUACGUUGUGCAACAUCGGGAACGAUGAUGCGGCUGCGUUUGACUGCAACGACGUUGUUCAUUAAUUCUCGCUUUCUUCGAUGUCGGAGUAUCUUAUGUAAAAUACAUUGUUUAUACCAA